UCAUCGAAUAAUCUCUGAAUUAGUUACUCAUUAGUUCUGUGAGAACAGUUCUUACUUGACGAAAAUGUUGUUUAAACUUUUUAUGAUAAAAAUUAUACUAGUCUUUCACGUUAUUUACGUACAUUUACAAAAUACUGACGAUUUCGACCUAAGGGACACAGAUCCGAGUAUUAUAGAAGAUGCUACUUUGGAUACGUUCACGUUAAUUAAGAAGUAUGGCUUCCCUUGCGAAAUACACAGGGUGUAUACUGAAGAUAAAUAUAUUCUGGAAGUACAUAGGGUUCCGUAUGGCAAACGUAAUUCAACGAGAGAGAAUCGUCCUGUGGUAUUUUUGCAGCACGGUCUCUUAUCCUCGUCUGCAGAAUUUGUGCUAAUGAGACCCGACAAAGGACUAGCAUAUCUCCUUGCUGAAGCAGGCUAUGACGUCUGGAUGGGUAACGCAAGGGGUAAUACAUACUCCCGGAACCACGCGGUUCUAAAGCCCACAUCGUCAGAAUUUUGGAAGUUUAGCUGGCACGAAAUUGGCCAUUACGAUGUCCCUGCUAUGAUUGAUUACGUCAUCAAGGAGACGGGAGUCCAGAAAAUACAAUAUAUUGGCUUCUCCCAAGGGACUACCGCGUUUUGGGUCAUGACUUCUACUAGACCGGAAUAUAAUGACAAAUUUCUAGCCAUGCAUGCAAUGGCGCCAAUCGCGUAUGUUGGAAAUAUUCGAAGUCCUGUAAUACGAGCAGUUGCCCCUUUCACAAAUUCUUUAGAACGUAUACUAAAACUCAUAGGAGCCAAUGAAAUCUUGCCAAAUGGGAUGCUUAACAAAUUAGCUGGCGAAAAGUUGUGUCUCGAAGAAGCGAUAACUCAAGUUCUUUGUAAGAACUUACUGUUUCUUUUCUGUGGAUUUGAUGCAGAACAAUUCAAUACUACAAUGCUACCAGUUGUUUUAGGACACACACCAGCAGGUGCGUCAACGAGACAAUUCAUACAUUUCGGUCAAAUGUAUAAGUCGAAGAAAUUCGCAUACUUUGACCAGGGUUGGUUUCGUAACAGACGCAACUAUGGUACCUUUAAGCCACCUUCUUACAAUAUUAGUGCCAUCAGAACGCCUAUCUUCCUGCAUUACGCUGACAACGAUUGGCUUUCAACCCCAAAAGAUGUCGAUAAAUUCUUCAAAGAAGCUAAAACAGUGGUCGGAAAGUACAGAGUGCCGUUGGACAAAUUCAACCACUUGGACUUCGUUUUUGCAAAUGACGCCAAAAAGUUAAUCUAUGACCGUAUUAUAAGAAUCAUGUCGCAGUUUUUAUGAAUUAAUUAAAACAUGUAAAUCUAUAAUGGACAUCAUUUAUUAACGAAAUACUUAACGGACACACAUUUGCUCUUGAAUUAUUCAGUGGUUGAAACCUGUAAUAAAAACGCAUUAACACAUAAA